ACAGCAUCAACAACAACAACAUGCUCUGCCACUGCCGCUGCAGCUGCAAAUGCAGCCGCCAGCACAUCACAGCAGCUAUGCGCCGGCAUCGCUGCCUCUGGAGCUAAUGCAUCAUUAUGGCAACAUGUCCGCUGCCACCUCGCAUCUGAUGAUGACGGAUUCGAGUGUUAUUAGCGCCUCUGCUGCCGGCGGGCCUGCUGGCUCUGGGCCGGCCUCGUAUACGACGUUGCUGUACCAUCCGCAGCCGCUGCCGAUGCCAAUGCCACUGCCAGCGUCAGCAGUAUCGUCGGCAGCGAUGCCAGCAUCAUCGGCUAACAUUAACAUUAACAUUAGCAGCAGCAGCAGCAGUACCGGCGGCAUCGGCAGCAGCUCAACGCAGGGCGCCAGCAGCAGCGAAGCGUCCGCGUCGUCGCCCAUGGUGGGCGUAUGUGUUCAACAGAAUCCUGUAGUUAUACAUUAGCGUUACCUGCCGUCUUUUAACUAUUAAUUCUAUAAUUUUUAGUCUUAAUUUUAUUUCCUGCUUUCUUUUUUUUUUUGUCAAACACACAC